AUUGUUUUUAUUGGCCCAGAGCCAGGAGUACUGGAUUCAGUUGACUUCACGAUUAAAAGAAAACAGUUUUGGUUACCAUCAUAAACAUAUGAACCAUUGUGAUGGUGAAAUGAGAUGAGGCUCCGAAAUGGAACUGUAGCUACUGUUUUAGCAUUUAUCACUUCGUUCCUUACUUUAUCUUGGUAUACCACGUGGCAAAAUGGGAAAGAAAAACUGAUUGCUUAUCAACGAGAGUUUCUUGCCUUGAAAGAACGUCUUCGUAUAGCUGAACAUAGAAUCUCGCAGCGCUCUUCUGAAUUAAAUGCCAUUGUACAGCAGUUCAAGCGUGUAGGAGCAGAAACAAAUGGAAGUAAGGAUGCAUUAAAUAAGUUUUCAGAUAAUACCCUAAAGCUAUUAAAGGAGUUAACAAGCAAAAAAUCUCUACAAGUGCCAAGCAUUUAUUAUCAUUUGCCUCAUUUAUUGCAAAAUGAAAGAAGCCUUCAGCCUGCUCUGCAGAUUGGUAAUGGAAGAACAGGAGUGUCAAUAGUAAUGGGAAUUCCCACGGUGAAGAGAGAAGUUAAAUCUUACCUCAUAGAAACUCUUCAUUCCCUUAUUGAUAAUCUGUAUCCUGAAGAGAAGUUGGACUGUGUUAUAGUAGUCUUCAUAGGAGAGACAGAUAGUGAUUAUGUACACAGUGUUGUAGCCAACCUGGAGAAAGAAUUUUCUAAAGAAAUCAGUUCUGGUUUGGUGGAAAUAAUAUCACCUCCUGAAAGCUAUUAUCCUGACCUGACAAACUUAAAGGAGACAUUUGGAGACUCUAAAGAAAGAGUAAGAUGGAGAACAAAGCAAAACCUGGAUUAUUGUUUUCUAAUGAUGUAUGCUCAGGAAAAGGGAAUAUAUUACAUUCAGCUUGAAGAUGAUAUUAUUGUCAAACAGAAUUACUUUAACACUAUAAAAAAUUUUGCACUUCAACUUUCUUCUGAGGAAUGGAUGAUACUAGAAUUCUCCCAGCUGGGCUUCAUUGGUAAAAUGUUUCAAGCACCAGACCUCACUCUGAUUGUGGAAUUCAUAUUUAUGUUCUAUAAGGAGAAACCCAUUGAUUGGCUCUUGGACCAUAUACUCUGGGUGAAAGUCUGCAACCCUGAGAAAGAUGCAAAACAUUGUGAUAGACAGAAAGCCAAUCUACGAAUUCGCUUCAGACCUUCCCUUUUCCAACAUGUUGGUCUGCAUUCUUCUCUAUCAGGAAAAAUUCAGAAACUCACGGAUAAAGAUUACAUGAAACCAUUACUUCUUAAGAUCCAUGUAAACCCACCUGCAGAGAUAUCUACUUCUUUGAAGGUGUACCAAGGACAUACACUGGAGAAAACUUACAUGGGGGAAGAUUUCUUCUGGGCUAUAACCCCAAUAGCCGGAGACUACAUCUUAUUCAAAUUUGAUAAGCCAGUCAAUGUAGAAAGUUAUUUGUUCCAUAGUGGCAAUCAAGAACAUCCAGGAGAUAUUCUCCUAAACACAACUGUGGAAGUUUUGCCUCUUAAGAGUGAAGGUUUGGAAAUAAGCAAAGAAACCAAAGACAAACGAUUAGAAGAUGGUUAUUUCAGAAUAGGAAAAUUUGAGAAUGGUGUUGCUGAAGGAAUGGUGGAUCCCAGUCUAAACCCCAUUUCAGCCUUUCGACUUUCAGUCAUUCAGAAUUCUGCUGUUUGGGCCAUUCUUAACGAGAUUCAUAUUAAAAAAGUCACCAACUGA